AGUCAGAACCGUGUUUUGUUUUGUUUGUUUGUAGGCUACAGAUUGAUUUUGUACUUGCUAAGCGCCCUUUUAUUUAGUAAAGUUCAUUUGCAUACAAAAAGCAAAACGCCACAAACAAGUUUUAGUAGAUUUAUACCCGAUUAAUUAUUGCCAACGUUUCAGAAUUAACACAAAUAGGGAAUUUUGAAAUAACACUAGAUAAUUAGCUGUCAUUUUACCGUAAUUGUGAUACUUGUGAAAAAGACCGUACAUCGAAUCUCAAAAAAUGUCUGUGUACAUCCACAUAUUUUCAUCGAAUUCUGCACAGUUCCACUGAUCUGUAGAACUGCCCAUCACCAACCAUUUUGACAGAUGCAAUUGAUGUCACCAACCGUUAACGUCAAUGCGCCGGGUAAUGUGUUUAUGUAUAUGUAUUUUUAUUUUCAUUUUGUGAUCAAAAAGGGGGUCAAAAACUGAACAAUUUAUUGAUCUGUUUACCUAGAUACAACAAAUUGCUGAUUAUACUAAUAUUAAAAUGGUGUUUAAAUGUCAGCAGGAUUCAUUCAUGAAAGAGUUUCAGUCAAAGGUUUUGGUUUGUAAGAAAGUAUCUGACCCUGAAGAUAUAAAAAAUGAAUCUGGUGACAAAUAUGAGGUUAUAUUAGAAGAUACAAUUCUGUUUCCAGAAGGUGGAGGACAGCCAUGUGAUUUUGGAUUUCUUAAUGAUAUCCCUGUAAAACAAGUCGUGCGUAGAGCAGACAAAGCUGUGCAUUAUGUUGACAAACCAUUAAAUGUUGGAGACACUGUUAAACAAUCUAUAAAUUGGGAUAGAAGAUUCGACCACAUGCAACAACACUCUGGUCAGCAUUUGAUAACUGCUAUUAUUGACAGGGAAUUUAAAAUUCAAACAGUAUCAUGGUAUCUGGGUGAAGAGGUCUCUUAUAUUGAAAUAGAAACACCUUCAUUCACUAGAGAGCAGAUUCAGAAAGUUGAGGAUAUUUGUAAUGAAUUGAUAAGGUCAAGGAAAAGUGUAUCUGUUAGUGUCUAUUCCAGUGAGUCUGAAAAAGACCUUGAAAAGGCAAGAAGUGCUCGUGGCUUACCUGAAGACCAUGUUGGUGAUAUCAGAGUAAUAAACAUUGAAGAUGUUGACAGUAAUAUGUGCUGUGGAACACAUGUAUCUAAUCUAAGUCAAUUGCAAGUGAUAAAAUUACUUCAUACUGAAAAAAGUAAAAGAAAGGGCAAUACAUUACUGUACUUCUUAGUAGGAAAUAGAGUUCUAAAGAGGUUAACAACUUGUAUUAAGAAUGAACAGCUGUUAACAUCUUUGGUCAAGUGCAAUCCAUCGGAGCAUGCUGAGAUGGUUGAGAAGCUUCAGAAAAAUGCAAAAAAUCUUAAUAAAAGUCUUCAGACUGUACUUAAAGAGUUAGCAGCAUGUGAAGCAGAUAAGUUGAAAAAAAUUGUACCCCUACCAAAAUACUAUUUUUUGCAUAAGAAGGAAGCAGAUCCAGAUUUUAUGAAUACAUUUAUAAGGGAACUGGGCUUAAAUGAUAUACUUGUGUUUCUUUCUGUUGGAGAUGAAAAAACUACUGGAAAUAUUGUUUUGUAUGGGCCAGAACAAGCUGUUGGAGAUCUUGGUGAUAAAAUUGCUGAUAUACUAGAAGGAAAAGGUUCUGGGAAAGGGAAUAAAUACCAAGCCAAGGUUAAUAAAAUGGUAAAUCACAAAAAAGCUGAACAGCUUAUUGUAAACUAUUUCAAAUAGAUUCUAGGUAUGUUUUGAAUUGAAGGUUUAAAACUGUGACCAAUAAAAACUGCCAUAGCAUUUAACAUUGUCUUAUUCUAUUUCUCAUUAUCUGUCAGAGCAGUCCAUAGGACCUUGUUUCUUGGUUAUCUUGAGUCAGUAGGUCUGGUCUGGCCCAGAUACAAAAGUCAGGGAGAAACAAGGGAAGAAGAGAAAAUGGAAGCAAGGAGGAGAGCAAAGAGGAGGAAGUGCGGCAGUUUGAGGGGGGCCUUGGCAUUGUUAAGUAGUAUUCAGGAAUUUUAUAGUGAUCCUAGAGAAAAAUUGUAAUUUUGGUUGGACCGCGACAAAGGGUUGCUAUGAGAUUCUGCUUGACUAUAACAUAGUUGCGCUUGUUUGAUAUAGAUUUAAUAAUGUAUGAGUCUGAAAUUUAAUUUGGGUAAAAUAUUGAACAAUUACCAUGAUCUUUAUAAAACAUAGAGAAAAAUCUAGGAUGUAAAAUUUGCUAAAUUAUCCUAUUUAUAAAGUAGAUGGAUAUAUGGUUGAUUUGAACAUUCAGUAUAUAAGCUACUGACUUGUCAUAAUCCUUCAUGUAGUUUUAUGUAAAAAUGGCAGCUUAUAAUUUGGGUUUUAAAGCACUGAUGGUACUACUGAUUGUGAUGAGUACUGUAAUACUGAUCUUCUGCAUUGUGAUGUACACUGUUACUGUGAUAUAUGUUGAAAAAUGAAAACAAGUUUAUUGUAAUGCAU